CAAGAUUUGCCAAGCUCGAAUCUGUCGGGUCGGACUCAACUCUCAUGACAAUGGGAGAUUGAUGGACACAACUGUAAACGUUGCUAUGCUGCCUAUUGCCAACCCAGAUGAAUCUGGGUGGCAAGUCCAAGGUAGAAAGCGUAGAAACUCUCGUACACGGACUGGGAAAAAGACAGAUAUGUGGAUGCUGAUUGGAAUGACUUCUUCCGAGAAAUGGUUUGCUCUUCGGUCAGAAAACGCUGUUCCCGAAUCCGUGCUCUUCAAUAACCCUUACCUGGUUUUGGCCGACAUCGAUGAAAACGACUAUCAGGAACCACGCCCAAGCAGAACAUAUACGAAAGUUCCUGAAAAGCUCGAGCUUUCUUCUCUGGGAAACGUGAUUUCUGGUUGCUCUCUGAUUAUGGUCUUGACUAUGGACAGCUACGAGGUGCUGAACCUGAAUGUAGUCACUAAUAUUAUGGACAAGGCCCGGGAAUCUGAUGAUGAAAAAGACCUUGGGAUCUUCCAUGAAUCUACUCAGAAUUUGACCAAGGACUUGCCCACAGAUUUGGGCAUGGGUUCAACUCUGGCCUCGAAGCAAGUCGGGACUAUCGCUAAAAUGCCUGAUAUUCCUGAAACUGAUAUUGAUGAUCAUGGUUGGAAGGUACAGGGCAGAAAACACAGAAACUGUCGCAAAAGACCUCAGCCAACCGUCUCUGGAGCGGAAUCAUUAGCAACCCCACCGACUGAUCCGAAAUGCACUUUGGGGCCAAAGCCAGAAAUGAAAUCCCUUUAUUCACAGAAUCCUUACCUAGUUUUGGCUGAAAUUGGCGAUGAUGAAUUGCAUGGGUCUCCACCAAGACGACGGGUAUAAGUUCCUCUAGAAAUAGGGAAUAACAUGGUAACAGAUUCCCAGGCCCGCCAUUGAGUCAAUGGCUCGAACACUUAUGGUAUUUCCCAAAGAACAAUACCCCACUGAAAAAACAAAAACGAAAAAAAAAAUUGAAAAAAGACAAGAAAAAAAAAAGUAUAGCCUCAUUAGACAAUAACCUU